GCCUAGGCCGGCCCGGGCCCGCGGAGGGCGGGGACCGGGGCGAGGAAGAAGCCGCCGGCACGAUGUUCAAGAACACGUUCCAGAGCGGCUUCCUCUCCAUCCUCUACAGCAUCGGGAGCAAGCCGCUGCAGAUCUGGGACAAGAAGGUGCGGAAUGGCCACAUCAAAAGAAUCACCGAUAACGACAUCCAGUCCCUGGUGCUAGAGAUCGAAGGGACAAAUGUCAGCACUACAUAUAUCACCUGCCCAGCGGACCCAAAGAAGACGCUGGGCAUCAAACUUCCCUUCCUGGUCAUGAUCAUCAAAAAUUUGAAGAAGUACUUCACUUUUGAAGUGCAGGUUCUAGAUGAUAAGAAUGUGCGUCGACGGUUCCGGGCCAGUAACUACCAGAGCACCACUCGAGUUAAGCCCUUCAUCUGCACCAUGCCCAUGCGGCUGGAUGACGGCUGGAACCAGAUCCAGUUCAAUCUGUCUGACUUUACCCGACGGGCAUAUGGCACAAACUACAUAGAAACCCUCAGGGUGCAGAUCCACGCCAACUGUCGCAUCCGGCGAGUGUACUUCUCUGACAGACUCUACUCAGAGGACGAGCUGCCCGCGGAGUUCAAGCUCUAUCUCCCCGUUCAGAACAAGGCAAAGCAAUAACCCAGUACUGGAAUACAACAUGAGGAAUAAGCCCUGGGCCUAAUGCUUAAUUUAAAAAGGAAAAUAACUGGAGGACAAUGUGAAAUACAGAAAUAUUUAGGUAAAUUCACUGUGAUGGGGUCCUUUUAUUAAUGAUUUGAUGUCCCUUGUUUUAGGACACCAAUAACCAUGUAAUAACUCCGUAAUUGCAUUGUAAGUACAGUGGGAGAUCAGCAGUUCUUGGUCACAGAAUGUUUAUCCAGCACUUUACUAAAAACCUGCCCAUCAUGUGCUAACCAGGUAUGGGAGUUUACCCUUCUGCCCGUCCCUGGACAAGCGGAGGUGGUAUUUACCACGAAAUUACAGAGUGAAGUGUGCCCUGUAAAGCAGAUCCAUUCCAAUAUUUUCUCUUACUGGUUUCUUGUCUUUUUGUUUUAUAUAUUAUCUAAAUAUAUAUGUAUAUCAUAUGGAAUACUUACAAUCUUGAAGUGAAUAAAAUGUUUUAUUCUGUUUUUAA